AAUUAUUGAAGGCGUGGCUUACAAAUUGAGCCCCGCCCCUCACACGUGCACCCACAAUGGAAGGAAAGAGAGUUUUGGCUCAGUUUAAAAGUGAAGAAGGAGCUUUGGCUGGUCCCCCGUUUGACCUACCAGUCGACACAAACCGGGACUCCCUCCACAUUCUCUGCAAUAGCCUACUGGAAAAUGAGGAAGACAUGCCUUACGAGUUUUAUGUCCACGACGUUGAGGUUGAAGGGACAGUGUCUGAUACCUUGGAUAAAUUGGGAGGGAAAGUGACAAGCGAGAGGUUACUGGAGAUUGUUUAUCGUCCCCAGGCACUGUUCAGGGUCAGAGCUGUCAGCAGGUGCACUAGCAGCAUGCCUGGACACACAGAAGCAGUGAUAAGUGUACAAUUUAGCCCAAAUGGAAGACAUUUAGCAAGUGGUUCAGGUGACACUACUGUUAGAUUUUGGGACGUUACAACAGAAACUCCGCUCUACACUUGCUCCGCCCAUAAACACUGGAUACUGUUCAUAUCUUGGUCACCUGACGGAAUGAAACUGGCAUCUGGUUGUAAGAAAGGACAAGUUUGUGUGUGGGACCCUGACAAUGGGAAGCAAAUUGGUCGCACAAUGACUGGUCAUCGACAAUGGAUCACUUGUUUAUCAUGGCAGCCACUUCACAGUGAUCCUUCUUGUCGUCAUUUAGCAAGUGCUUCAAAAGACUCCACUAUUAGAUUAUGGGAUGUUGUUCUCGGUAAUACUCUCCUCAUACUAAGUGGCCACUCCCAGUGUGUGACGGGCAUUAAAUGGGGUGGAGAAGGACUCUUGUACUCUUCAUCUCAAGACAGAACCAUUAAAGUUUGGAGAGCAGAUGGUGUCCUGUGUAGGUCAUUAGAGGGUCAUGGUCACUGGGUCAAUACAAUGUGUUUGAACACAGACUAUGUACUAAGGACUGGUGCUUUUGAACCAUCUCAAUCAUUAACUGCUACUAUCAGCUCUUAUACUAAAGAGGAGAUAGGCAGAUUAGCUCAAGAGAGGUACCUAAAAGUUAAAGGAGACCAGCCGGAGAGAUUAGUGUCAGGCUCAGACGACUUCACUUUGUUUUUAUGGCAACCUAGCGUUAGUAAAAAGCAUCUAGCCCGCAUGACAGGUCAUCAGCAGUUGAUAAAUGAUGUUAAGUUUUCUCCUGACAGUCGAUUCAUUGCCAGUGCUUCGUUUGACAAAUCUGUUAAACUAUGGGACGGAAAGACGGGAAAGUUUUUAGCUAGUUUAAGGGGUCAUGUGGGCCCCGUCUAUCAAAUCUCGUGGUCAGCUGACAGCAGGUUAAUCUGUAGUGGUAGCUCUGACAGUACGCUAAAGGUCUGGAAUGUAAAGACUAAGAAAUUAUUAAUGGAUUUACCAGGACACUCUGAUGAGGUUUUUUCUGUUGAUUGGUCACCAGAUGGUGAGAGAGUGGCUAGUGGUGGGCGAGACAGAGUGUUGAAAAUUUGGAGAAGAUAGACUUCAAUAUAUUCUUUUAAUCAGUGAACUAUGGUUCAAGUAAUGUAAUUGUAUAUAAAAUAUAUAAUAGCUAUUAAAAUCCUAAAUCA